AUGAAUACUACAGUGAAUGAAGUGUGCUAUCACAAAAUUGAAGGUGCAUAUGUGAAAACCCUGAUCAUCAUAUUUCUUGGAGUCACUAUUAACAGCAUAAAUGGGAUGUUUGUGUUCAUUUUUUUUAUGGAUUCCAUAUUCUACAAUGAUCCAAGAUAUAUCUUAUAUAUUCAUCUAGUGAUUAAUGAUAUGAUUAUGACAAGUGUGACAGUAUUUCUCUAUAUGCUGUCAUGCUUCUGGCCAUUUUUAAAUGUAUCAUUUUGUUCCAUACUCCUAAUAAUUGCUUCAGCAACUCAUAAGAACACUCCAUUAACCUUGGCUGGGAUGGCCAUUGAACGUUACAUUGCAGUUUGUAGACCAUUACAUCACCCUCAGAUCUGCACUGUGCGCAGGACUCACAUCCUCAUUGGCUUGAUCUGGGGUGUGGGACUUAUUCCAGGAGUGACAGACCUCAUAAUUGUGACUGCAACUCGACCCUUGUCCUUUUUUUCUGUUGGUGCUCUUUGUAGAGCUAGUUAUAUAUAUAACACAAUAUAUCAUAUAGAAAAGAACAAAGCUGUGCAAGGUAUUUACAUGUUGUUCGUGUGGAUGGUACUUGUUUUCACCUAUUGUAAAGUACUGGUUGCGGCCAAAAAAGCUUCAACCAAUGCCAUCUCAGCCAGAAAGGCUCAAAGCACCAUACUUUUACAUGGAGCUCAGUUAAUGCUCUGUAUGCUGUCUUACACCACUCCUAUUUUAGAUUUAAUUCUAGUUCCAUUAUUCCCUAUGCAUCAAUAUCAUAUCUUCUUCUUCAAUUAUCUACUCACAAACAUUAUACCAAGACUCCUGACUCCUCUCAUCUAUGGGGUUCGUGACCAGAAAUUUGCUGCACAAAUCAAGGCCCAUUUCUCAAGUAGAUCCAUGAUUGUUACAGUUGAACCGGCAAAAUCAGGUAAACAAAUCAGAGUGAACCCAAAGCAAAAUUUGCAUUCUUAG